AUGAACUACGGACUGAUCUAUUGCAAUACAGUACACGAUCCACCUCUCAUUAAAUCCUCUGUAAAGUGGUUUGGCAAGCAUGAAUACCUUGCCGUGCUCGCCACCCAGCACGGGCGCGCUUGGAAGGAGAUCUACGAAUCCAAGGAUUGGUACACCAUCCUCGUUCCUCCCAAACCCUCCACCCCACCCCGCGGAUUGCGCAGGCGCCGUAUGGCGCCUGGGGCUCUCAAAGAACCAUCUCCCGGCCUUGAAUACGAUUUGGAGGAAUUGCCAGCAUCGAGAGCAAAUGCGAGCCGUGCCAACAGUCCAGAGCGAACAACCGAUCUUCCUGCUGGAAGCCAAGCGACAAGGACACGCGCAGGACGUUCCAAGCCCAAGGCUGCAACGCAAAGACCUGCUCCAUCAGCACAACAAGAUUUGCCUAACGCACGCAUCUUGACCAUGUCUCCCGAGCGAGACUUAACUCCACUUUCAGAUGUCAUCGAUCUCUCGCCCGACAUGUCUGUUGCGCCCUCGCGUAGAAAGCGUAAUGCCAACCCUUCAUCGCGAUAUCGAGAUGCCUCAUCGUCUGGUAUGGAGAUCUCUCCAGCCCUUGUGGAAGCAUCCCUUCUCCUCGCCCCUGCCGUAAUUCCAGCCAGCCAAACCCACACGCAUACCCGAACCCGCUCGACCUCCACCGAUUCCAGCUCUGCUGAUACCGUUGUCCAACCUACCACCUCCCGCAGCAGCUCAGUACUGUCCGGCCUUACCAUCGUCAGCACAGGGGAAGCUACCUCUGUCGGAAAGCGCAAAGCGGAUGUGAUCGAAGAGCCUGGCGAUGAGGAAGGAGGCUCCAAUAACGCAGAACAGAGCGACUUAGAGGAAGAGGUCGCCGUUACUCGAUCCAGAGCGGCGCGAAACAAGAAGCAAGUAAAGCAUACCCCGGCUGACGCUGUCGCUACCAAGGGGAAGGCUACCAAAGCCUCACAACCUGGCAAGAAGCGAGCACGAAAGGCCUAG